AACUCUGUUGGUUCGUGGUCUUUCAUUAUUUAUUCAUUCAGACUAAUUCUGCAUUUACCGUUUGUCACAAACGAUUUAUAUAAAGACAGCGAGUAUAUAACAAGACGUUACUGACUGUGUAUACAGAUGAUCACUGACUGUAUAUAAAGACGAUCACUGACUGUAUAUAAAGAAGAUAACUGUAUAAAAAGACGAUCACUGACUGUAUAAAAAGAUGAUGUCAUGUGUUUUGUCUCCUCAGGUGCUGGUGGUCCAGUUUCUCCGCUGUGGCCUUUGGAGAAGGAAGUGAUGUCAGUGGGCGUGUCUGACCCUGUUGGUGCAGUGAGGUCUACAGUGUCGACCUCUGACCUCAGACCACAGCGCUCGUCUCCGUCCGUGUUCGACGACUCUUCGGUCGGAUCCAAGCAGCAGGUCACCAAACGCCACAGGAAGCUGCUCCUGAAGAGCAGCGCCCCCGCUGGUGGAGAGGAGCAGCAGCAGCUGAGGCUGGCGAAGACGCAGGAGUCCCGCCGCCACCUGCUGAACGAGAUCUGUGACAAAUACCAGCCGGGCAUCACCGGGCGCCCGGUCUUUCGGCGGCAGGUGUCGCGGGUCUACGUGGAGGACCGGUCCCGGCUGCUGUACUGCGAGGUGCCUAAAGCCGGCUGCUCCAACUGGAAGCGGGUGCUGAUGGUACUGGGAGGCAGCGCCGCCUCCACGCGACACAUUCCUCACGACGCGGCGCAUUACGCCAACCGGCUGCGGCGGCUGGAGAGCUAUGACCGCGUCGGCAUCGCCGAGCGACUCCGCUCCUACACCAAGGUGCUGUUCGUCCGGGAGCCGUUCGAGCGGCUGGUGUCGGCGUUUCGGGACAAGUUCGAGAGUCCGAACUCGUACUACCACCCCGUGUUUGGACGCCCCAUCAUCUCCAGGUACCGCGCCAACGCCACGCGCAGCGCGCUGCGGACCGGUGCCGGCGUCACGUUCAGGGAGUUCGUCCAGUACCUGCUGGACGUGCGUCGGCCGGUGGGCCUGGACAUCCACUGGGAGCCGGUCGGCCAGCUGUGUAGCCCCUGUCUGCUCCGAUACUCCUUCAUCGGGAAGUUUGAGCGUCUGGAGGAAGAAGCCAACAUGGUGCUGCGGAGCGUCGGGGCGCCAGGGAACCUCACGUUCCCCGGGUUCAAGGACCGGAACCCGCUGGCCGAGAGGACGUCGUCCACAAUCACCCAGAGAUACUUCUCUCAGCUCAACGCCACCGAGCGGCAGAAAGCCUUCGACUUCUUCUACAUGGACUAUCUGAUGUUCGACUACCCCAAACCCUUCAAAGACCUGCACUGAGCCGCCGCCGGCCCACAAUGCACUGCUGCGUCAGGCUUCCACCUGGACAUCUGAGAUGUUUCUGUCUCAGUGAAGCUUUGAUCCAGACAGGAAGCAGAACGUAUUACUUCCUGUCUGUCAAAGUACUUGAACUCCGCUUGUGGUGGGCGGGGCAUAUGUGGUGAUGUCAUUACUCAU